GUUUCAUAGCCAUGAUCAUGUGGUGGUAAUGGUGCUGCAGGUCGAGAUCUUUGUCGAGGAAACUGACAUGCGAGCUUGACCUGAUCUGAUCUGACACUGGCCAUGCCCAGUACUGUUAUUAUUUUUGUGAAAUAUCCAACGCCAGGUACAGUGAAAACUCGUCUCGCAAAGACCUCGGGAGAUGCAGCAGCCACAGAGUUUUAUCGCACCUGUGCUGAGCACGUUGUGCAGAUUGCCAGCAGGUAGCCUAGAAAUGCUCAGGCACAUUGCUCUGCUGUGACUCGCAUCCACUUUUGUCAAACAAUAAACAUAUGCUUGACAGGACUCCCAAUGCUGGAUGCAUCGUUGCAUGCCCACCAGUCAACGAUGGGUCUACCAGGGACUGUGGAGUCAAUGGAGUCCAGAAAUGGUUGAAUCCGAUAGCAGCGGUAAGGCUGGCAAAAGACGCUUCACAGCAUUGCUACAUUGGACUGUUUUUGCCAGCAUUGGGAGCUUCAUGUCUUGCAGGAAGCAACCGAAUUCGCAGAGCAAGCACAGGACAAAGAUCUGGGCGUGCGCAUGUACCAGGCCCUGCAUGGAGCACUCCAAGCAGGGUCCAGUAAGGCCGUCCUCAUUGGUUCCGAUAUCCCCGAUAUUCGUGAGAGCAUUUUGGAUGCAGCUUUUGCUGCUCUUGACAAUUGUGAGGGUAUUGCCUGGAGCACCUCCAAUGUGCUGAGCGAAAGCAUCUCUCAGGCUGCAUCAGUGGGGCUCAAUGUGGCGCCUUGCUCAACUCUACCCGUCUUGCGUGAUAUAGACACAAUUGAGGAUCUGCAAGAAUGGCUAGAUGGACUCCAUGAUCAGACGCAUCAAGUGCGGAAAAUCAGCGAAAAGAUUCUCGCUACCAGGACAGAUGUAUGACACCAGGCCCAUCUGGGAGCAUUUAUUUAUUUAUUUUGGCAGCAUAUGGCUUCUUUGCAAGUCACUGCAGCAGCCACCACCAGACUGGCAAACCACUUUGGGACUGCCGGCCCGGCCGAGAUGCCGCCUCAGAAUGGCGGCCGGCUGGUGGUGGCACUUUGAAUUUGCGGCCACAGCCAGCUGGAGCGGGUACUGCUGGCAGUUUUGCUUGGGCAUCUUGUUGUAAGUUUGUGUGUUUUUCCAAAUUAAUUUAGCAUUUUAUCCACUCUGACUAGACAUGCAAUGGUGCACUUGCAGUACUAAUUCUGCUGAGGUGGCACAUUAGUAAGUGACAAAGCCAAUGGUCCAGUCAUUGUAAUACUUUGCGAU